UGUAAGUGUAGUUUACAUAAAAUUCUGAGACGACGACUCACGAUUACUGGUGCAGUCUCUUCUGUGCUUCAUCUGAAAAAAGCUUGGAUGCUGGUAUCUGGCUGUUUGGAGGUUGAAGACUAAGACUGUGAUGUAUUCCUUCAAUGAUUCUAUCGCAUCCUCUGGGACUGACACUGUUUGUGUGCUCUGGGGCUGUGAAGUGAGCAGCAUGAAGAGGACUGCAGUGUUUGAGGUGGAGGAUGACCUCCUCGAGCACCAGUUCUUUAUCCGCACAAUUUGCCUAAGUGCGGAGGCUAAUGAGGAAAUGCAUGUGGUGGAGGUGCAGGAUAAGAUGCUGGGUCGAAGCCACCCGGUGCCCAUCGCCACCCUCCGCCCCCAUUGCCUGCCGAUGGUAAGUUUCAGUGGUUUCGAGUUGAUGCCACCAGUCACCUUUAACCUUCGCUCUGGCCAAGGCCCUGUCUUCAUCUGUGGACAGCACGUGACUUUGGAAAUGGAUGAAGAGGAGGAAGACAUUGUGUUUUCAAAGACAUCCACCCCCUACGCAGAGUAUCUAAAUGAAGAUGGCAAGGCCUUUGUGCUCCCUCUAAUAAGGAAGAUAAAGCAACAGAUCACCAGUGAUCCUACUCUCAGCUCAGAGUACCCACCCUGCCUAGGCCUCCCAGAAUUCACCAGAAGAGCAACAGAGCUUGCUCUUGGCAAUGACUGCUGUGCAAUUGUGGAAAACAGGGUGCUGGGGGUCCAGACAGUAGGCUGCACUGGGGCAGUACGCCUGGGGGCCGAGUUGUUGAAGCGCUGGUACAGCCUGAGUGCAGAAUGGCGGGGCCCUGUCUACCUCUCUUCGCCCUGUGAUGAACACCUGGCUGGGGUCUUUGAGGCCGUGGGGAUCCUGGACGUUCGGGAGUACAGGUACUGGGACGCGGAGCUGAGGGGCGUGUCUGCGGAACACAUGCUGGAGGAUCUGGAGGCGGCCCCGGAACUGUCCGUGAUCGUGCUCUCGGCCCCGGGCCACUGCCCCACGGGGGCCGACCUCUCCCAGAAGGACUGGAAACUGGUGGCUGAAGUCAUGGUGAGGCGCAGGCACCUCCCUUUCUUCCUGAUGCCCACACAGGGCCUGUGCCUGGGGGACCCUGGCCAGGACAGCUGGCCGCUGCGUCACUGCGCCUCCGUGGGCAUGGAGCUAAUCUGCACCCAGGCUUUCUCUCACAACUUUGGCCUCUAUGGAGAGCGAGUUGGACACCUCUUGCUUGUCCUGAGGCAAAACUCCACACUAUUAGCUGUUCAGUCGCAAGCAGAGAGACUGGUGAGAACACUGUGGUCCCGUCCACCUGUGGGAGGGGCCCGAGUGGUUGCCACAGUGCUCAGUAACCCCGCCCAUCUUGUUGAAUGGCACGAGGGUGUGAGGACUGCUGUGGAGCGGUGCAUGCUGGUUAGGGAGCGACUACGAGAGAAGCUGAGGAUUCUGGGAACUCCAGGCUGUUGGGACCACUUGACACAGCAAGGCGGAGUGUACUGCUGCACAGGCCUUAACGCCCAGCAGGUGGAGUACCUUUCCAAGAGGAGACAUAUCUACCUGCUCCCCAACGGGUGUCUGAAUGUGAGCUGCAUCAACAACCUCAACCUGGACUACGUGGCAGAGUCCAUAAACCUGGCCUUGACCUCUCUUCCUUGACGUCAUGAACCAGAUCAUUCACUUCUGCUAACAAACCAGCUACUUGUGAAGUAAUGUGACGUGAACAACACCUUUUGCACCCAGGCAUGUCCUUAAUUAGAGUCAAUUCAAAAGGUGGAUGCACCCAUUGGAAGAUCAGUGUUUAUAAGGAAAUGAUGCGUCUCAUCCAGUAAACCGUUGGAACGAUUACACUCUUACAAGAAGACAUGAGUCACAGACAUGAAAAAAUGAUCUCCUCCUUUUUUUAGUGACUGUUAUUGUGAAUAGAUAAGGUGAGGAGAGAGCCUUGAGAGAACAAUCAUGCUGGGCAUGUUUGAAAGAAAGAGAGAAAAAUAAAUAAAACCUCUGUGUG